AUGGAAUUUGAAACCAAAACAAUAAAGGUCGAUGGUUUGACCAGGAACAUCUUGCUCCAGAAUGAGAAUGGACCAUGUGCACUAGUUGCUUUGACAAAUGUGUUGGUUUUAUCACCGCAACAUAAGUUAGAUGCUAACGAAUUGAUUCAACUAAUCAAUUCAAAUAGGAAGGUGACUCUUGAAGAUUUGAUAACAACAUUGGCAAAUAUCGGUGUUAUGAUGGACAAUGGCCAGUCGGAAGAUGUGAACGAACUUUUACAAUUAUUGCCACAGCUACAUACUGGUCUUAACGUCAAUCCGGCUUUCAAUGGUACAUUUCAAGAUGAUCAAGCGUUAGCACUUUUUAGACUCUUCCAAGUGUCAUUGGUUCAUGGAUGGAUAGUGGAUCCAACAAGAAACGAACAACAAUACCAUAGCGUUUCUCAUUACUCUUACGAUGAUGCUCAAAACCUCUUGGUGCACGCUUACGACAUCCAGAAUAAUGGGCUGCAAGUGGAAAAUUCGGAGCAAAUUUUGCAAGACGCUCAAUAUCUGAAAUCGUUCUUAGCAAGAAGUGCGACUCAAUUGACAGAGUAUGGUAUUCAGCACUUACAGCAGCUACUUCAAGAGCAUUCAUACUCCGUAUUUUUCCGUAACGAUCAUUUCUCCACCAUUCAUAAGAACAAUGGCGGCUUAUACGUCUUGGUCACCGACUUAGGUUUCAAGAAGGCUUCUAAUAUCGUGUGGCAGUCUUUGAAGUCCGUAAAGGGGAACCAGGACUCUUUCUUCACCUCUGAGUUCCUACUAACUACCCUUGAACAGGCCACUGCUUCGGGUUUGGACCCGAAUAGCAACGGAUCUCAACUGGAUGAAGAAACACCAAUGACAGAUGAACAGUUGGCCCGUCUAUUGCAAGAAGAAGAAGACGCAAGGGCUGUAAGAGGUAUUAGGUCGCGCCAAGAUAGGAGGGCAGCUGCUACUGCCUCUUCAAAUGAGGCCAAAUCUGCUAAGAAGGGCAAAAAUAAAAAAGCCGAAAAGAAGAAGAAGAAGAAGUGCGUCAUAUUAUAA